AAUAAGGUGUUUUAUGGUGAACUUAUGCUGUUACAUGUGGAUGAUUUUAAUAGUUAUUGGGGUAAGGCUGCUGCCUGCCUUUUAACCCCUUAAGGACCAAACUUCUGGAAUAAAAGGGAAUCAUGACAUGUCACACAUACCAUGUGUCCUUAAGGAGUUAAUGAAGUGCUUAUACUGUGUGCUGAACAUGUAACACUAUUGAUCUGUUAAGCUGUCUCGAUGAGUGAGGAUAGAGAGCGUUAAUCCUCCCUGGAGAGGGCAUGAAUAUUCAGAUUGAACAACAAUACGGAUGGUGAGACGGUUGUCAAGGGGUGUGUUCCUAAAUUAUUUGCUCUCAUUUCAUUGGCCUCUGCAUUCUCCUGGGUACCCAGUUCCCAUUCAUCUCCCUUCUUUCCACAGUGACACUGAGCUCUGUGCAAAGAAGAAGAACGGGGGAGUGACACACAGACACACACACCCUACACCAGAGAGGGAAGGACAAAAUGGAUAAGUCUCCCGACGGUCAAGCCAAGGGGGAGACAUCAAAGAAACCUUUAUCUUCCAGAGGGGUGAAAAAUGGAUCCCCUUAUCAAUCUCCUAAAGGAGCUACAAAUACCUCUCGACCUACAACCUUACGGGCCGCAGGAGCAUCACCAAGACCUGCGGCUACUAAAUCCACAGGGUUAAAAGAUACAUUGUCAACAAAAUCCAGCACUGGCAGAACGGUUACCUCUUCACCGAAGAAAUCGAGUGCUUCAGAUGGGGAUAAGUCAACUCUCACCAAACAUUCAUCCAAAAAGUCAACUCUUAAUCAGGAAAUGGACAAAGAACAUCAGAAGACAACUUCCCCCAUGAAACCCGCAGAUGGGUCACAGGUCAGUGCAACUUGCCUGGUACAAGGAGGAGAAAUGUCUUUACCUACACCAAGGAAUGGAAGUGCCAGUAAAGAGGGAAUUAAACCAAAGGAUAAGAUGCUACGUCCACGACCAGAGAGUACUGCUUCUGUGCCAACUAAGUCAUUAACCAAGUCUGUAGACUCUGCUAAACCCACGAAAGUGUCACCUAAUAAACAACUUCAGACUCUACCUGCAUCAGCAAAACCAGUCAGCACUGCACAAUUAUCAGCAAAACCAGCUAAAACUGUAUCUGCUUCAGUUAAGCAAACAGACUCUCCAUCACCAGUGACAAAAUCUUCUGUGUUGGCUAAAUCGCCAAGAGCAGCAGCCUUGCAAACUAAACCAGCAAAAUCUUCCUCUAAUACGAUGAAACCAGGGAACCAUACAACUACUGUACCUGCCAAAACUGCGAGAAUGACGUCUACACCAGGUAAACCAGCAAAUGCAGUGUCUGUGCCAACUAAACCUGACAAAGCCUCUAAUACACCAGUAAAAUCAGCACCCGUGCCAACAAAGCCUGACAAAACCCCAAGUACACCCGUAAAACCAGCAUCUGUGCCAACUAAAGCUGAUAAAAAUCAGUCUACACCAGUAAAGUCAACCAGCAAAACAUCUCUGACAAGUAAACCAUCACAUUCAGGAUCUCAGAAGUCAAGUAAACCAGUAAAAACGACAUCUGUUCAAGUUAAACCAUUAACCACCGCUUCCAUGACUGUUAAACCAGAAGAGAAUCAAUCUGUAAAAUCCCCAGAACUGGCAGAUAUGCCUCAAGAAGUCACAAGCUUUGUAGAAGCACCAAUACACAGUCUAGAGGAAUCUGAGACAGACAUAACUACAUCUAAACUAGUAACCUCUGAGACUGCAACUGUGAAACUGAUAACCACUGAGACAUUAACUGCAGAGAUUUCAGUGGAACCUCUACUUGUAAUGGAAACUGUUCAGCCACUAGAUGAACCAAUAUUGUGCCAUGCAGAACCGUGUAUAUCUCCAGUUGAACUUACAAAAACAUUUUCUGGACUAAUCCAUUUACCAAGUGAACAUGAAUGCAUGAAACUAGAACAAAUGAAUAAUUCCACUGAAAUAAUUAUGUCAACCAUGACUGGUGCAGAAGAAUCAGCUAAGGAAGUGAAUGAUCAAUUAAAUUAUCCAAAGAACACCGUAACCUUGGUAGAUGAGCUAAUAACACCAUCAGUGGACUUAAAAGUAGGAAUAGUAGCAGGAGAACCAUUAGCACAGCUCAUAGAAACUUCAAAUGAAACUGUGAAAUCUCUGUUGGAACCAACACAUUCUUCCGUAAAAACAAUGGAUGCUGCUGAGAAAGAACAGUUAGAAGGCUCACAACAGGUCUUGCCACCAGAUCAUCAUUCUGAGGUCCAUUCAGGUGAGCUUACAAAAGUGUCUCUUCAAGUUUCUAUAGAACCACGGUUGUCUACAGAGGAGGGGGAGGGAGAGCCUUGGGUACUGGUGCAAAGGGAGGAGCUAGCUGACUACAAAGAAGAGGAAACAGAAGAAAAACCCCAAAGACCAGUCAGCCUGAACCAAGAGGGUGAAGAAGAUGACAAUGAGGAAGAAGGGAAGGGAGGUGAGGAGGGUGAAACCUCACGGUGCAGCACUCUAAGUGACCCCCAGCUUGCAGGACAGAGCAGUAGUGAGACUAGUACUCCUGAAGAACUGAGGACUUAUGAGGACUCUAGCUCUGGAGUGGAAUCCCACUCUGAUGAUGUUGCCACAUCUCCACCAACAACGCUUACACCUGACCCUGAUUUGGGCAUCCACAUGGGGCAGGAGGAGGGAGGGGAGACUCCAGCUGGAACCCCUGCUCCAAAGGGCAAAGGGACACUCCAUCCUCUCCGAGAUGCAGAUAAUGGGGAUCUGUCUCAAGGGCCAGCUCCAACUGGGGUCCUUGACCAUUCAGAGAGUGGCCCAGGAGGAUGUAAAAGGGAGAUGACUGGUUUUAACUGCUCACAGGAUUCAACGGGGGCAAGAGGUCAGGAGCAGGAGGAGAAAGCAGGGGCAGGAAGCAUCCAGAGAGGUAACUCGUUAGCCCAACCUUGUGAUGGAUUAUACACCAUAUAUGAGUCAGAGCGAGGGCAUCAAGAGCGUGGCCCCAGAGGGUCAGAACUGGGGCUGGUGGAACAGAUCAUCGGCCGGACACUGCUGCUUGCAGCUUCGGAGGGAGGGGGCCGUGGAGGUGUGCGAGGAGUUGAGCUGGGAAGGUGGGCAGAACUGCUGUCCCCUCUGGACGAAUCGCGUGCUAGCAUCACAUCUGUUACCAGCUUCUCUCCUGAGGGGGAAGUCUCCCCACAAGGGGAUUGGACAGUGGUGGAGGUAGAAACAUUCCACUAAACAGGGCUCCACUCCCAAAGAGCUAAUGUCAUAGUGUGUGUAGAGUUCAAUAUCACCAGGGCCCUACAUCAAUGUGUGCAAUAUGUGUGCUGAGUGUUGUGUAAGUUUUUAUGCUAAAUAAUGUGUGUAUUUGAGAACUUUGCACUGGUAUCCAAUUUUGAACAUUUACUGGACUUUAUUGAUAGU